GCUCGCGAAGGCUGAGACCGCGCUCGAGGCAGUGCUCGCCGAGGACGCUGAGUCGGCGCCCGUCUCGCGAUCUCACUCUGUGGCCUCUCUUGUGGACGCGAUCGAGGUGGAGAGGCAGAUGGACGUCGAGGUUGUCCUCGUUGACACGAUCACGGCGGAGCUGGCCUUGUCCGAUCGCAGCGCCGGACAGGACGACGGGUCAAACGACGCGGGCCGCGCCGAGCACGAGCAGCGGCGGCGCGAGGCCGCGCGUGGACGGUGGGGCGGCUGGCGCCUCUUUGCGCGCUCGCCCACCUCGUUUGAGCGCUUCGGCGAGCAGCCACACGCUGUCGACGAGGCCGCGGCGGACGGCGAGCAGCGCCAGCAGCCCAUGGAGCCGCCGGAGGGCGGGCAGCUUGAUGGCGCCCCGCCCAUUCGGCGCGCUCCGACGUGGAUGCCUCCUCUGAUGGCGAAGGAGGGCGGGGACGCCCCACGCGCCUGGCCCGGCGCGUGGCUGCGAGAUCUCUUUGCCCAGCUGAAGGGGCGCGCCCUGCUGCUCGUGGCGCUGCUCCUCUUCCAGUCCGCCUCCUCCGUCAUCCUCCGCCGGUACGAGUCGCUCCUCGACCGCCACCCGACCCUCAUCGCCUUCCUUACCAUGCUCGUCGGCGCGGGCGGCAACGCGGGCAACCAGGCGGCCGUCCUCGUCAUCCGCGGCCUCGCCACCGGCGCAACGCGCCGCGCCUCGAUGGGCAGCCUCCUCCUCUCCGAGCUGCGCGUCGGGCUCUGCAUCGCCGCACUCCUCGCGGCGCUGAGCUACUGGCGCGUCGACUACUUCCUGCCCGACGACGCGCCGCACGCCCACCUCGAGUCCGCCACAGUCGCAACCUCGGCCUUUUGCAUCGUCGCGAUCGCCGUCGUCGUCGGCGCCGCGCUGCCGAUGGGGCUUUACCUCGUGCGGCUCGACCCGGCGCACGCGGGAGCAACCAUCCAGGUGGUCAUGGACAUCGUGGGCGUGCUGAUCACUUGCUUCGUCGGCUCGCGACUCCUCUCCAGCCACGCUGACGAGGUUGCCGCCCAAGGCGGGCGGGCGGGCGGGCGCUUACUGGGCCUCUCCCACGGCGCCGCCGCCCCCGGCGCGCUGCCCUUCGACUUGGCGGAGCCCGCGCCGCCGUGCAGCUACACGCCGCAGGGCGAGGAGGCGGAGGCGGCGUUUGAGGCGGCGGUCGUGCGCGAAGCACAGCGGCGGGCGGUGGCACUGAUCGCCGCCCUCGCGCAGCAGCGCUAGGAAGGUAGGAGGACUAUUCACGAAAAUCACAACCCCAGACACAGUCGAGAGACAC